GUGCUAAAUCAAUUUCAGUUUGGAGAAGUGAGCAAAGCCGCCAUUGCUUUUGGUGUUUGGAGGCCGCGAGAGAGAGUGAGAGAGAGGGAGAGGGUCUCAGCACCGGCAUCGCCAACAGAAAAUGGACGCACUGAGAGACACUUACGGAGACGACUCCGACUCCGGCUCCUGCUCCGGCUCCCGCUCCCGCUCCCGCUCCGGCGCCUGCCCCGCGCCUCCGCUUCUGCCUCUACCUUCUCCUGGUCUACCCCCGCCCCCUCUCUCCCUCCUCACCCCUCCCAAUUCCCUCGAUUCCUACCCAACCGGCCCGCCGAGUCGAGUCCGGAGCUUCCCGCACGUCGAAGGCAAUUACGCCCUCCACGUUUAUAUCCCCGUUCAUAUAUCGGGUCCGCAAAGAAAGGAAAUCGCCCUCUUCUUGAAGAAAGUUGCGUCUGUGGUUCCUGGUCUUUUUGUGGUUGAUGCAGACGUGCCACUUGAGCCUCUGUGCCGAGAUGAUCAGAAGCUCGAGCAAGUUGCUGUGGGCAGGGAAUUCCACAUCAGUUUGGGCAGGACUGUGCCUAUCCGAGUCCACCAGAUCGACUCCAUGGUUUCCAUGCUUCGCCAGAAGCUCCAGUUUCACAAACCGUAUUGGAUUGAUUUUGAUAAAUGGGAAGUAUUCGUCAACGAUGACAGCACGAGAUCUUUCCUUUCGCUCGAAGUCAUGAGCCGAGGAUUAGCUGAGAUUACAAAGCAAAUACGAGUUGUCAAUGACGUUUACAGGCGACACCAUCUUCCUGAGUUUUACAAGAUGUGUGAUUGCGACAAUCGAACAGGAUCCUCGCCCUCAUAUAUCUUUAGCUUGGGCCUUGGGCAACGUCAGUGGGUCGUUGCAGAAAGCAGUUGAAGCGAUGAAGAGGAGCGCAAACUUUGGAAAACUAUCUCCGAAAUGUAUCUUCACCAGUAAAUUUAGCGGGAUAGAGUGCAAGAUUGGUCACAAAACAUACAAAAUAUGUAAGCUUCCAGACGAGUGAAGCAAUAUCGACUUGGACAUGCUACUUCAUGAAAAAGCAGUGCCAUGGAUGUACUGGCUGCACUAAGUUAUGAUAAAUGGUUUACGAAGAUAAAUCUA